AUGCAUAUCGAAGCAAAGAAGUUCAGUCCCGCAGCUUCAGCUGAGGCAGACGCAGCCUUAGGCUUCCUUGCCUCAGAAGAAGCGGCGACAUUUACCGAGAUCGAUGAAAAGAAGCUCGUUCGUAAGAUCGACUGGAUGAUCGUACCACUUAUGUGGGCAGUCUACUUUCUCCAGUAUCAAGACAAGAUCCUGAUCAAUUAUGCCUCUGUCAUGGGCUUGCUCAAGGAUACCGGCAUGCAGACGGACCAAUUCUCGAAGCUGGCCCUAGCAUUUUACGUCUCUUACCUGUUCUUUGAGUUCCCAACGGGAUAUCUCAUGCAACGUCUGCCUAUCGCAAAAUACCUUGGCCUCAACGUGACGCUGUGGGGACUCCUUAUUACCUUGAACUGUGCUGCGCAGAAUUAUGCUGGACUCAUUGCCCUCCGUGUCCUGCUAGGAUGUUUUGAAAGCGCAGUUGCUCCGGCACUGAUCUUGAUUACUUCCAUGUGGUACAAGAGGAAUGGUAAGGUGCGUCUUUCGCCGCUGAGGAUGUUGCUAACCCUCGCAGAACAGCCCAAGCGCAUAGGUUUCUGGUAUGUAGGUACUGGAACCGCCACUAUCGUCGGAGCUCUUGUUGCAUAUGGACUCCUCUUCUAUACAGGUGACCGCUUCCGAUCCUGGCAGAUCAUGUUUCUCAUCUUUGGACUGAUCACCAUCGCCGUGGGGAUAUGCGUCAUGAUAUUUCUCCCAGACAAUCCGAUGGCGUCUCGGCUGACCCACGAGGAGAAACUUUUGGCGAUUGAGCGUCUCCGGGAGAAUCGGACUGGUAUCGAGAACAAGCAUUUCAAAAUGUACCAAUUCGUAGAAGUAUUCAAGGACCCCCAGACCUACUUCAUUGCCGUGAUCGUGACGGCAAUGAACAUCUCCAACGCCGCCAUCAGCAGUUUCUCCGCCCUGAUCAUCAAAAGCUUCGGCUACACGACCAAGGAAACCGAACUACUCACCAUCCCCGGCGGCGUGGUCAGCGUUAUUAGCAUUCUCACAGGCACAUAUCUGGCCGGUCGCUUUGAUCAGCGAUGCCUGAGCCUCAUAGGGAUCCUCGCCUGUGGGCUCCUCGGAGGCUGCUUGAUGGCAUUCUCCCAUGAUGGAGUAAAAGCCGCCGAGCUAGCUGGCAACUACUUAACCAACUGUGUCGGGGCCGCUCUGCCGCUGAUGUACUCCAUCGCCGGUGCUAAUGUAGCAGGCCACACCAAGAAAGUCACCAUGAACGCUAUCGUGCUGAUGUCGUUCUGUCUCGGAAAUAUCCUGGGUCCGUUGACCUUCCGCACGGAAGACGAGCCAGACUAUAUACCUGCAAAGAUUGCAAUUGUGGCGACGGUCUCGGUAGCAAUUGUGUUCUCUGUCCUGUUGAAGUGCUACUAUAUGUUUGAGAAUCGGCGUCGCGACAUGAAGGGCGAGGGACAACGUCCAGAGAACUCUGAUUUUUUAGAUCUGACCGAUAUGGAGAAUCAGGAUUUCAGGGUGAGUCUCCCUCGCUUGCGGUACAGCAUGUUCUGA